GUCGGCCAGCCGUCUCAGCAGCCCGUAACGCAGGCUGCGGACGUACGUGGAGGCGGUGACCGGCUGGCUCAUGGCGAGGCCUGGAACCGCCGACGGCCGGGGCGAAGCCACAGCGGCGGGCAGGGGAGUCAUGCUGCGCACCCUCAGUUACGUGACCGAUCAUACCGGCUUCCGCGGGACGAUCAAGAAGGCGCCCGCUGACUUCGUGGUGAGGGAGCUGGAGCUGCCGCAGCGCCCCGCGGCGCCCCGGGACGUCAGCCCGCCGCAGCCCGACCUGCCAGCAGGGAGUCCGCCCGCUGCCUCCGCCACAGCCAGCGCCGGGGCUGGGGGCGCGGUGGUGCCUGCCCGCCGUGACCCUGUGUCAUACCCUGAGCAGAGCCGCUGUGCUGGGGGCGUGAAAUCCGGCCCGGAGGCAGCCGCUCUGUUGGAUUCCCUUUUGGGAAAGCCCGCGAGUGAAAGGCUUACUAAAUUUGCUUGUGAUCUGAAGGAGGCGUGGGACUCGGAAAGGGGUUGUGAUGUCGGUGCCGGGGAAUUCUCUUUGGGAGCCGUGGUGGAUAAGAGAGAUCGGGCCGAUUUGCACGGCGCCAUCAGGCAGAGAUUCCCCUUCUUGGUCACUGUGACAAAGGAUAACGAAAUGGUUGUGAAAGGAAACGCUGACUACAGAGAACUCUGUCAGCUAGUGACUGAAAAGGAAACAAGCGAUUUCUUUAAAUUUUUAGACGCCAAGCUGGAAAAUUCCACCUUUUCUUUUGAGCCUGAUGGAAAUAAGGAGCACAGAAAAAAGGUUCACCACUUCAUCAAUAAAAAAUUUGGGAAAAUUUUAGAAACAAAGUCUUUUACUGUGGAAGAUGUCAGUUGUAAGCCAAAUAUGUCAAUAAUGGUGAGGUUUAGAGAGAAAAGUUGCUCCAGAAAGAGGUCUGCUGAUGGUUUCCAGAUAAAACAAGAUCUUUAUACAGCUUUCACCCUUCAGAAAGAAAAUCUAGAGACACUGGAAGCAAUCAGCUGCUUGGCUGCUGAACUUGGAGUUCUUCCCUCAGACUUCAGUUACACGGGCAUCAAAGAUAAGAAGGCUAUUACGUACCAAAUGAUGGUUGUGAAGAAGGUUACUCCUGAGAGGUUGAAAGACAUUGAAAGCAAACUGGAAAAAAAGGGCAUGAGAAUACACAACAUACAUUCAGCACACCAGCAUCUUAGACUUGGUCAGCUGAAAGGCAAUCACUUUGAUAUAGUUGUGAGAGAUCUCAAACACCACAGUCAUGAUUCUCCCGUAGAUCUGAAAGAAAGAAUAUCUGAAGCAAUGGAAAAUAUUGAGGCAAAAGGUUUUGUGAAUUAUUAUGGACCUCAGCGGUUCGGACAAGGACAGAAUGUUCAGACAGAUCUAAUAGGAUUGGCUCUACUGAAUGAAAAAAUGGUGAAAGCUGUAAAAUUAUUCUUCACACCUGAAGAUACCGAUGACCCUGUAAAUAAUGCCAAAAGAUACUUUCUUCAAACUGAAGAUGCAAAGGGGACACUCGCAAUGCUGCCAGAAUUUAAAGUGAGAGAGAAGAUGCUGUUACGUGCUUUACAUCGCUACGGUGUAAAUCAAGAAGGCUGUACUAAAGGAUGGCUCAGUAUUCCUCAUUCAAUGCGCAUAUUCUACGUCCAUGCUUAUUGCAGUCAGGUAUGGAAUGAAGCAACAUCAUACAGGCUGAAGACUUACGGUUCCAAAGUUGUUGAGGGUGAUCUGGUCUUCUCAGAAGAAAAUGACGAAAGCCUUUCCCUGAAUGACAAGGUUCAUGUUGUCACUGCUCUGGAAGAGUCAGCUAACAAAUACUCUAUACACCAAGUUGUUCUUCCAAUGGUGGGCCAUAGCAUCAAGUAUCCAAGUAAUAGAGUUGGGCAGUGGUACCGUGAAAGACUUUCUAAGGAUGAGCUGCAGAUGUGCAAAUUCCGAGUGCCUGCAUUGCAGCUGAACAUACCUGGGUGCUACAGACACGUCUUGAAAAACGUUCAGAAUCUUUCCUAUUUUUUGGAAGGCAGUGAAGAAGGAAACAAAGUUGAAGACAACCAUCUGAAUGAGUCAAAAGUAGCUCUUCAUGUAUCAUUUGACCUUGAUCCUUCAUGCUAUGCAACAGUCUGUCUCAGAGAAAUAAUGAAAUGUGACUUUUAAGAUUUCAGUUAAUGAAAGACUGCAGGAAUUUUAUACCAGUGCUUAUAUUUUUGUAUAAUGCAAAAAAAAGAAAAAUAAAAAAAUCACAGUUUCAAACCAGGAACAGCAAAAAUUAAUAGAUUGAGAUUCAUAUUGACUGGGGAAGAAAACCACUGGAGUCCCAGUUGCAGAAACAUUCCAAACCCUGAAUGCAAAUCUAGAGUAAAAAAUGCAAAGCUGUGUGUCAUGUCAAACAGGUUUAACAGAACUUAAACUGUGGGCUGCAAGCACAAAUUUCACACUUGCACAGACAUCCAGCUUGCAGUUAUGACCUGGAAACAUGUUUGCAGCAAAUAGACAUGUCUUUUAUUUCACAGUUAUUUUUUAAAAGCUGGUUGAUACUAAAUAUUUGGGGACACUGAAUAGCAAUUAUGUCACAAGUUGUAACCUACAGGAAUCAGCCAAGAAGCUGCUGUACUGAGAUUCACUGAAUUUGUUUUGUUUUCAUUGCAUUCACGUGCCAAGUAUUAAAGGUAGAAGUCCUGAACCACGAGUAGCAGAUUACCUGGCACACUGUCAGUCAUUUGAAUACUACAGUUUAAAUUAAUGCUGAUGAUUCCAGGACUAAGUUGUACAUAACUUUCUAGAUAGUGCUUAUUCAAGUAAGCUCAGUAAGAUGAGGUGUGUGAUUAAUAAAUUGCAAAAGGGUUCAUAGUAAAAACCAAACACUGAUUUAUUAUUUAUAGGGAGGAGAUUCUAUUCCUAUUACUGUAAGGUCUUAUGGUGACAAAGACUUUUUAAUGGAACCACUUCUGGGAAAAAAACCCACAAACUCUUAUAUUCUUUUUAAUAUAUUUAAAAAGUUAACUGUGAUAAAAUUGAGUGCAUUUGUGGACAAAGGAAGAGCAAAGAAUGUAAUUUACCUUGACGUUUUAAGGCUAUUCUUGCAGCAAAGGUCAGAGGUAUUUUCUAGAUGAGUUUACAAAUGAGAUAAAACAAAAAAGUGGUUGGAGGAGGUUAGAAUAGUGGUUAAUGGAUCAUAUCCUAAUUGGAGUGAAUACCCUAGGGGUCUCUCCUGGGCUCUGUGCUAUUUGGUGACUUUGUCAGUGACCUGGAAGGGGGCAUGGAGUUCACCUUCAACAAGUUUGCAGUUCACACCAACAUAAAGGAACAAAGGGAAAUACUGGGGAAUCUGUCUUCUAGGGGGACGUAGACAUGUUGGAGGAAUGUACCAACAGGAACCUUACAGGAGUUAAAGAGGAGAAAUGCAAAGUGCUACCCCUGGGAAGAAAGCACCCCUGCAGCAGGCCAGGCUGGAGUGCAGCAGCUAUGUGGGAGCAGCAGUGAGCAGCUCAGCAUGGGUCAGCCAUUUGUCCUGGCAGCAAAGGCCUCCAGCAAUCUCCUGAACUCUGUUAGCAAGGACAGAGCCAAUAAAUCAAAGGAAAGAUCUAAUUUCUGCACAUUAGAUCACAUUUAAUUCCUGUGCUCAGCUUUUAUCUCCAGUGCAACCAAAAAUGAGUUUAAUGAAAAACUCCCAAGCUAGUUGGGGACUGAGCAUUUGUCCUUGGAGGAGAGGCUGAAGGAGCUGGGCUUCCUCAAGCUGGAGAGAAGACAGGUUUGGGGUGGGGCUGGGGAGCCAGCAGCAGCUCCCACUGCCUGUGGGGAGGUUAGCAAGAAGAUGGCACCUGGCUUCACAGUGGUGCUUGGUAGGAGGAGACAUAAACAGGCAUAAACUGAAAUGUUCAGCCAGGUUAUAAGGAAAUACUUUUUUUCUGUAUAAGGACAGUGGGGGCAGUGGAACAGUCUGUGCAGUCUUCAACCAAGGAGAUUUCCACAGCCCAACAGAGCAAACCGGUCUGAUCUCAGAUGUGACCCUGCUUGGCCUAGAGAGCAGAGAUCACUUCCAGCCUCAAUUACCCUGCUAUUCUAAGCAGAGUGGUGUGUCUAUUCUAGCUGUAGAUGGCAGCAUGACUUAAAAGUAGGACGGAGAUCUCAACCCAUUUUUACAGAGAGAAUUAAUAUCAUGAGUUUUGUUUAUGGCAUCAGUCUUUCAGUUGUUGGAACAGUGAAGCAACGCAAAUCUCCAAAGGUUGAUAAACCACUUAUUUAUGCAACUUUUGUAGAUAUACAACUCUCAUGAUUUCAAAGCUUGCAUAAAAUUGUGUAGCAAUGACAGAUCUGGAUAUUUCACUGCUUUAAAUAAGAGGAUUAUUCUGUAAGUCUGUGUAAGUCAUUCAAAAUGUGACCCUUAGCAUUAGUAUGGGAAAAUAGGUUGUCAUGCAAACAAUAGCUGCAGAGCCACUGGGGGCAACUUGGAAUGCUUGCUCUAUUACAGUGCUUACAUUACACCUCAGUUUUAUGGUGUGCAUCCAAACUGACUGAAAAAUUCCAUGGCACAAGCCAGCCAAGACAGCUUCGUUCCUGUCUUUGCUUUUCAGUAUCACUUCUUCUGUCUUCCACCUGCACUUAAAAAUACCAUUCUUCAUUCUGUAAAAUUAUUUUUAAUUUUACAGAAUCAUUUUGCUACAGCGCUGCUCAAAAAGAGUUGUCAACACUCAUGUAUGAAAGUGCAGACAAGAUGCUGCACGCAGUCACAGUAACCAGAAGAAAAAAACUGGCAUUUUUUUUCUACAUAAUUCUACAUAAACUACUGUGGUCUUUUUUCACGUAGCUCAAAACAGCCUUGAAAACUGCCUCAUCACAAACAAGAUUUGAAUACGCAGCAUUAAAAGUUGAUCCUUGAUUUGGAAAGAUGUGAAAGGUCAGAUUAAAACAUUUUUGACUGAAGGCAUUCUAUUUAAAAAUAAAAGAUCAGAAGAUGGAGCUAACAGAGUUCCUCUAUAAUCAUUUUGGGCUCAUUUGUCAGUACUACUAUUGAACACUAAAAGAGCUAAUCUUCUUAAGCAAAUCAUUCUUUCAGCAACUUUAUGUGGAAGAGCUAAUUAUGUGUUUCGGUGGGUUAAAUUCCUUUAAGAUAAAAGUUCUAGUAGGAAAAAGUCAGGUUAGCUAUUAGAGUGUUUAUAUGCUAAACAUCCUGAUUAUUUCAGUGGGCACUUAUUGCUAAAUCAUUCUCUAAAUCUCACCAGCUUUUUGCAGGAUUAUGUACAUGAACUGUUGAAUUAAGGACUUUUGUGUGAGUGCAGUACUCAGCUUUUUAAGGCUAACCUACAGAAGUAAUACAGCUGUGUCCCUGUGUUUGGAAAAGAAGAUAAUCACUGUGUACUGAUCUGAGUUUAAGGAAAAGGUUGAUGUCUUGGUGAUCUCUCAUCUUACUAAGUACUUGUAUUGCCACCAUCCUUUUCUGAUAAGCCUCAAAGCACUUUGCUAAUACUAAUGAACACAGGUCUCUGACUCUGUUUCUAACAAAAGGGGUUUUAAGUUCAAUAGCGAGUUGGUUUUUUCAUUGGAUGUGAUAGGUAAUCAAGCAUUUGAAUGGGAAAGAAUGCAAAUGUUCUUAAGCUGUGAAACCUUGUAACAUUUAAUUUCUUUUGAAUUUGACGAGUAUUAUCCUCAAUAAGAAUAUACAAAUUUUCAGAUUUUCCAAAAUGAGAUGGGUUAAAAUUACAUUCUUAUCAUAAAGACAACUCAGAAGCCAGGUAGAUGUGUGAGUAUUGGCCAAAUCCAUUUAUCCAACCCCAUUAUCUCCUCUCUUAGUGUUGACAUCUGUCAGCCGAUGGUCUGAUCUGCCGCACCCAGCUGAUGAGCACAAACUCCUUUCUAUUCCCUUGAACAAUUUCUGCCCAUUAUAAAAGCUCAGGGAAUCAAGCUGAGAAACUAUUAACACUUUCUCUCAGUCCCCAGCCGUGCCUUCCAGCACAUUGGUUCCUUUUUAAUUUCUUUAAGAUGAAGCUAAAAAGUGAGCUCCAGCUGCACACCGGGCCCACUUUACGUUCAGAUAGAGGAACAAGGGUGAAAAACAGAAGUUGAUAAUUUGGGCAGCUUCAAACCCUGCACAUGAGUGUGUUCCAUUGUGAAGCCUAGACAACAUUAAGUACAAAGUGAAAAAACUGAAUCAUUUUAAAGGUGGAGGGUCCUUAAUACUCCAAAUAUAUUCAUCUGCUUCUGUUGCACCUAAUAGCUUGUUCAUGUGGCAUUAGUCGAGCAUGUCAUGUUUGCAAAGAGGGCAGAAUCAAUGAAAUCCUGUUUGCAGCAUCAAGCAGAAUUUUCUUCAUUCCUCUUGGUGGAAGUCAGAAUCUUGUAUUAUGGCAGUUGAAACGUGUUUUCAGCUUUUACACCAGUGCUUUCACCUGCCUAGGAUAAUGAGGUUUUUAAUUAGCUUUAGAAAUGAUUGACUGAAAUAAGCAAACAAAGAUUGUAUCUUUCAGAGCAUUCCUGCAAUUAGAAACUUAAAGCCAAGUCAGUUCUUUCCUGUAACUCAUGAGUAAAUCAUAAUUACUCAAGUACCCACUACUUCUAUCCUGUGAUGUAUAUGCCUUUGACAGAUCUCUCAUUUUUCACCUCUUCAACAAUAUAUAGCUUACGUUUAUAUAAUUAUAUAGCUUAAAUAUUUUCUCCAUCAUGAAAUAGCUGCAUAAAAUGCGCAUUGUAAUUACCAGUAAUCUGAAGUUGAGUGGAAGACAUGAGAAAUACAUUGAAGAGGGCAAGAUGUGUUACAAUAUUUUAAAAUGCUCUUUGGAUGUGAAUAAUCUUGGUUUGGGUCUGUACUCUGCCUACUGCAAAGUGAUAAACUGAAUCCAGAUUAUAUCAUAAUCUCUGAACCGCUACUGCAGCCAAUGCAAGUUACUGUUCAUGAAGGGAAUGACCAAGUUUGGCAUUUGAAACAAAAAGUAAGAAUCAAUUGCUUGAAAUUUGAAUUUGGGAGACAAAAGGCCAAGUUCUGAUCCAGAUGGAAAAGACUUGGAAUUCAUGUGCUGUAUUCACCAGAUCAUUCUACAAUAUGCAGCUGGCACAGCUAUAGGCCCACUGUUAAUACUUUAGGUCCUAGCAGUAAGAUAUCAGAAAGACUGUCCAUGUGAAUCCUCCUCCAGAAAAGUUUUGGGAUGAGAAAAUCAGGAGAUAUUUAGUUCAUUUUCUACGUACACAGCAGCAGAACUGAGAUAAGGUGGGAACCCCUUGAGGAUGUGCAUGUGCUAAGCAGGAAAUUUGAGAGUGUUGAUAAUAAUGCAACUACUGCUGAAAAGCCAGUACUCAAGAGGCAACAUCUCAUAGAAAAUCAAGCUAAGCAUUCAGUUGUCAAAUAUUAGGUCUGUAAGUUUGGGGUUAACAGUAUCAGUUAAGAGUGCAGCUUUUUAGUCCUAAAUUUAUACCUAAAGAUCUGAUAUAAUAUGACUGCAAACCACAACUGCCUUAGCCAUGGAGGAAAUAACCAUCACUUAACAGCAGCAACACAGAGUCAUGGACUGUGUGCUUGUGAUACAGCCCAGACAACAAACCAACCUCCCAUUGAGGUGAUACAAGCACCACUUCCCUCAUGUGGGCAGAAAUUAUGAGGAAGGCGAAGCCUGCCUCCACUCUAACCUGCCAGAGUUCAUCUGAUGGUUUGUAAAGUCAGGCAUUUUUGUUCAUUUUGUCUGAUGUCUUUCCUGGCAUACCUAGCCUGGCUGACAGCCAUCCCAUGACGGCAGCUAAAAAGAAUGAUGGUGUUUUCUUGAGAUAAAAGGUGUUUCAGAAAAGAGGCAAGGGGAUCUUGUGCUAGGAGUAAGAACAUGUCAGCCUCCUCAGCCAGUCCAGCCCAGCCAGGCCACAGCAGGGCUCCAGCUCCCCACAGUCCUGCCCUGCCCAGCCCAGCUGUGGGUGCUGCUCAGUCAGUCCCACUGUCAGGCCUUUUGACCAGCCCAGUCUCAGCUCUCCCCCAGGAGAUGUCCAGUGCUGGGGCUGGGGCUAUCCCAGUGCCUCCAGCUCCCCUGCCAUUGGCUGGGGUGGGAGAAGCCUCCAGUGGCAUGGUGCCUGACAGCUAUAGCAUUAUCUCCUUUAUAAAACAUCAAUGGCACCUGGUGCCAACAGACCACAGAAUUUCCAAUAGCUUCCUUUGAAAAGCGACUUUUUUUCUACACCUUGCAAAUAAUGCUUCUUCACUAAAUGGCUGCCAAAUCACUGAACUGAGUUACUCCAAAAAAUACUGGAAAAAAACAGGGUAGAAUUUACUACCUUGCAUGGGCUGUGAGCCCUGGCAGGACUCUUGAUACAGAUACUGCUUAUCUCCUACCAGUGUUUCCAAAACAAAGAGUAGAUUUCUGUUUCACAACAUUUUCACAGAAGCACACACUCAAGUACUUCAGCAAUGUCUCAAGUAGACCAUUAGUUUCUUAUUCUCCCAGAAUAUAUUCUAGAAUAUCACUGAAAAUUAGCUCUCACCUAUCUGCUUUUCCCAAGGAGAAAAGCAAAGAAAACCAGCAAUAUACUUCAAAUUAAAAUCUCUCUCAACAAUAGAGAGUUCUGCACCUCUUGUUUACUCAGGUUGCCACAACCAGGCUGAGUGAAUACAUCUUGUGGUGGAUCAAGCAAUACAAAUUCAUUGCCUCUAUUAUCUAAGUGGAGAAUAAACAUUGGGGUGGAUACUUUUCAUGACUGAUUAACAGAAUGGUGAUGAGGAGAUGAUUUGGGAGGCUGGUAUGACUGCACUGUCAGAAGGAACUAUUGACACGAUUGAUCCUUUGCAGAGCCAUGUUGGGAAAGGCAGGAAUUCCAGGAGAGAGACGGCCUAAGAAGGAAGCAGCUCUUGUAAAAGAGUGGUAUUGGAAAGUGAAGAAUAUGAAAAGAGAAUGUCAGUAAGAUAAUAAGAGAAUUACAUCUUCUUAGGUAAAUUGGCAUAGGCAUAUUUAACUCAAUAUUUCUCUACAUACACAUGCCAGAUCGGCAUCUGGCUUGUACUGACUCACUAUUGUCUUUGCUUGAGAGAAGAAAGCCAGCUUCUGAAACAGCAAUUGUGUCAAAAGCUGUGGUAAGAGUAAUGGAAUCAACAGUGCUUAACAGUACUUGAAAAGAUGGGAUAACUGCUGGAAACACUAGGUAUUGUGGAAAGUAAAUGCUAAUGGACUUGAUCUGAUACUGCCUUGCAAUUUAUGGGGGCAUUUGUCCCUACUCCAGAGAAGAUGAGAUCAGAGUUUUGCAGCAGUGUCACGGCAGGGUGAGUUACCAUGCACAUCUGAAACGUGCUUAGAGGCACUGUGGUGGUUGGCUUCAAACACUUCGGGUCAGAUCCUUGUCAGCAUGACUGACAAGAGCCAGUUGAGAUAAUACAGGGUAUAUAUAGCACAGAGGGGUGUGGGCUGUCAGACACCAUGGUGAUGAAAGGAACAGUUUAAAAUAGAAGAAAAUCUAAUGGAAAAAAAACAUGAUUUUGGUCUAUCUCACUAUAAGUGAAGCCUCAAUAUCAUUAUUUUAUUCCUAGUUUCAAAUGGGCCCUAAGUUUGUACUUCAUGCCACUUGUUUUCGGAAGUAACAAAAAUUGUUUUCCACAGCUGCUUUUUAGUACUUUUAACCAGUAAAUAGGGGAAAAGGAAUUAAUCACAGCCUUGUCCCUCUUCUCCUCCCUACACAAUGCAUGGUAUUUUACUCUCUUUUAUUUUAUUCUGAGUUCUUCAUUUCAGCUUCAACAUUUCCUCUUUCUUACAUGCUGAGAAGUGUCUUCCCUUUAUGAGGCAACAAGUCACUUACGCCCAUUUCUCAUGUCUUUGGUAUAGUAAGAGCUGCAUAAAGCAAUACUGCAGGGCAGAGGUUCAGAAAGCUCCUGCCUCAUUUCCUUACCAAGCUCAGCCCUUCAACACUUGAGAUGUCUCCAAUCUUGGCUCAGUGGUGAGUGUUGGACAGAGAAAGAAGAGAUCUGGCAGCACCCAGAGCUUGUCCUACCCAAAUUUAUACAACAAAAACCUUAACAAACAAGAAAAAUAAGAUCACAGAAGGCUGAUUCUGUGAUCUUCUGAUUAGUUCUAGCAAAGCAGCUGGCCUACAGGUGAAACUUGCUUUUUCUCUCAGGGCCUUUUAGAUGCUGAUUGUGUUCAGGAAUUGUAAAGUGACUUGUCAUCUUCAAAGGGCAGGUUUGUCGAGUGCUUUUAGGGCUUAGUUGAGCACACAGGUAAUGUGCUAUGCAUGUGAGUGGGAAAACUUUUCAUCCUUGAAAGUUUCUUCCUCCUGCUCCGUAUAUUAAAGCAAUGCAGAUGUGGAAGGUAAAUCCCUUACUGUGUGGGUUGACUGUAUUUUAUGCUGUGGCCUCUUAAGCUAGCAGCAGGAAAGGAUAUUAAAGAUAUAUCAAAUAUUUUUCCUUUGUGAAAUACAAUCUUUACAUUUUAAUACAAUUUUCUUCCAGUGUUGUAAUCCUGAGAAAGGAUUCAUGAAAAGAACAGAUUAGCAUUUCUACUGUCAGGGCUUCAGCUGCCUUCUGAACCACUAUUUACUGGUCCCUUUUAUGUUCUCCAUUGGGGAAGGUAUGAGCAGUUUGUUGUGCCUUCUAACAUUCUUGUUUUCAGACAGACAAAUCGUGCAGGUGAAACAACAAUCCACAGCUCCGUUUAUUAUCAGCAUAAUUGUCAUCUGAGGUAGAAACAUCACAAGAAAUUUGAUUCUAGACUUUAUGUUGCUUCUAGGCAGAUCUCCAGACUGUCAUAUUUUUAAUGAGCGAGCAAAGAAUAAAACAGCUUUUGUGCUGAGGUUCUUGAUGUAAGACCAUCUUGUGGCUGUUGAGGAAUGCUGAGAUAAAAUCAGAGCCAGACAAAUUCAUCAAAAGUACGCACGUGGAAAGGGCCCUGAGUUGUACAUAGCACGGGACCUGACCACCAAAAGGUUACGUGGGAGGCUCAUUUAGGCAUGAAGCACACUGAAGCAAGGUGUUCAGUCAGAAGAAUUGCUGCUUUCCAGAGAAGACCAUGGAGGAGAAAAUGUGAAAAUAAUAAGUGUCACAUUGCUAGUGUUCCAUGUUCUAAAAAGUACACUGAGGUGUGCUUACUGUAAUAUAAUUUGAGAUGCAUUCCUGAUUUCUGGAAUAUCAAAUUGACACAGUUUAUAUGAAUCAGAUUCCAAAAGAGUCUGCACACACAGAUGCACACAAACAUGUAUGCUUCUGAAAACCUCUCUGCCCGUUUCUGGUUCCCUGGAAGACCAGAGGCAGAAAGACUUUUGCAGGGUUCUCUGUAGGCUCCUUCAUGGCAAAAUCUCUGCACUGGAUCCCCAGGUUUAUGUGUAGCUGCUUAUUUCAGCUGCAUACAGAUUGUUUUUCCACUGAGUAGAAUGAUUUGCACUGCAGUGGGUAAUAGGAGCUAGAAAAUGGGCAGUUGGCUGCAGUUAUUACAUUUUCAUGGUUUAUCUACCAUUAAAAGCAGUUAAAUAGAAUUAAAAAUCUCUAUUAAUGAACUGUAAAAGAAAUAUGUUGCUUUGCAGUGCUCACAGUUAGCAACUGUGCAACUUCAUUUGUGGAUGUAAAUUCUGUAUCUGUAUUUUCUUCCGCAAUAGAUUGUAUAGUUUAGUAGGGCUUGCUGGAUUGUUGUGGUAUAUUGUAGUAUUGGGAUCGUCAGGAUACGUGAAAAAGUGACUUUAAGGACCUUAUAUAUGAUAUAAUUUAUGCAAUAAUGGGCAAUUUUCCAGGGCAAAAACCUGGGAAGAAUCUAAAGAAAUUCAAGACAAAAUAGUGAACACUUUUUUAAAGCAGAGGCGUUGCUGGUAGUUCAGAACUGUUUCUGCCCAGAAGCACAACACAAAGCUGGUUGCAGAGAGUCCCUAAAGGGGAAGUUGGAUGUUCCAUGUAUUUAAGAGUGGAGCCAACCCCUUUCACCCAGUGUGGAUGGAUUAGAAGUGCUGUGAGCCAAACACACGGUGGGACCAUCCACUCCCAGAUGCCCCAAGGGUGGCUUUUCUGAGCAGUGUGUCCUCAGCUGAGCUGCAGAAGAGAACAGCCAGUGAUGUGGGCAGCCCAGGCGGGGCUUUCCCAGCCCUGAGCCUGCUCUUAUCCUUCCUGUAAGGAGCUGAUCUGUACACAUAAUUUGGGAUUCCACAUUAAAGAGUGUUUUGGGUUUGAGUGGCUUUUCUUGGAAGCUUAGGAAAUUACUGCCUAGAAAGCACAUUAAAAGAAUAUUGUGUUUGCAAGUGGAAACAUACUGAAGCUCAGAUUCCCUGCGCAACCUUAAUUCAAUCUUCAGUGUCUCUGUUAUUAUACAGCCCUUUAUUAAUUAUUUUUCCCACAGGAAAAUGUGAAGAAUGGAUCGAGUUCUGAGGAAGACUAAGAAAUGCGCAGUGAAAGAGUCUUUGUCUUGUGAUCUCUACUUAUGGUGGAGCAGUCUAUAGAGAAAGGAAAAAUGGUCUUUUGUUUUAGGCAGCUGAAUACAGAAUUGUAAAAUGUGGAACUGCAGCAGUUGAGUGUUGUGGAAUUAGAUGAUGUCCUUGCCUCCAGCGCAGAAUUGCUGUGUUGUACUUGUCAAGGCUUUCUCCCAAAGGCUUUUUACAAAUGUGUCUUCCCUUUUGACAGAAGCUCUCAUGAAACUGUGGAACCUCAUCUGCAAAGUGAAUUGCAGUUGAAAGCAAUGACACCUUCUUCAUGCUGAAAAUUGAACUGUGAGCAUCAGCUCAGGCGCCUUAAGUCAGUGGAGAUAUUUUCCUUUAAUUUCUGCUCCCCCAGCUGGAGAUAAAUGAUUCUCUCUCUUUCUGAAGUUUUUUUGUGAAAAAUUAUUUAUAGUUUGUGAGUAAUGGAUGCUACUAUAAGAUAAUGAAAUGUCCAUGAGGAAAUCAAUAAACCUCUUCAGAGAGGAGUUUGAACUCCUUCAUGGAGCCUACAGAAGUACACUGAAUGCUGAGUGCCAAAGGGCAUUUUCUGUAGCUGUCUGCCUGGUAUUUAUGGCUGCUCUGUCCCCUGAGUGAAACGUAGA